CAGCUGUGGACCCUGAAGGCCGAUUCUGACUUUGGACUUGAGCAGUGCCACUGCCUGGACGGAGAGAGAGCCAGCAUGUCUCAGUGGAAUCAAGUCCAACAAUUAGAAAUCAAGUUUUUGGAGCAAGUAGAUCAGUUCUAUGAUGACAACUUUCCUAUGGAAAUCCGGCAUCUGCUGGCCCAGUGGAUUGAGACUCAAGACUGGGAAGUAGCUUCUAACAAUGAAACUAUGGCAACAAUUCUCCUUCAAAACUUAUUAAUACAAUUGGAUGAACAGUUAGGUCGGGUUUCCAAAGAGAAAAACCUGCUAUUGAUUCACAAUCUAAAGAGAAUUAGGAAAGUUCUUCAGGGAAAGUUUCACGGAAAUCCAAUGCAUGUAGCUGUGGUCAUUUCAAAUUGCUUAAGGGAAGAGAGGAGAAUACUGGCUGCGGCCAACAUGCCUAUCCAGGGACCUCUGGAGAAAUCUUUACAGAGCUCUUCAGUUUCAGAAAGACAGAGAAAUGUGGAACACAAAGUAGCUGCUAUUAAAAACAGUGUGCAGAUGACAGAACAAGACACCAAAUACUUAGAAGAUCUGCAAGAUGAGUUUGACUACAGGUAUAAAACAAUUCAGACAAUGGAUCAGGGUGACAAGAACAGUAUCCUGGUGAACCAGGAAGUUUUGACACUGCAAGAAAUGCUUAAUAACCUGGACUUUAAAAGAAAGGAAGCACUCAGUAAGAUGACACAGAUAGUGAACGAGACAGACCUGCUCAUGAACAGCAUGCUGCUAGAAGAGCUGCAAGACUGGAAGAAGCGGCAACAGAUCGCCUGCAUCGGUGGCCCGCUCCACAACGGGUUGGACCAGCUUCAGAACUGCUUUACCCUACUGGCAGAGAGUCUUUUCCAACUUAGACAGCAACUGGAGAAAUUACAGGAGCAAUCUACCAAAAUGACGUACGAAGGGGAUCCCAUCCCUGCUCAAAGAGUUCACCUGCUGGAGAGAGCGACCUUCCUCAUCUACAACCUUUUCAAGAAUUCAUUUGUGGUCGAGCGACAGCCAUGCAUGCCAACACACCCUCAGAGGCCGAUGGUACUUAAAACCCUCAUUCAGUUCACUGUAAAACUGAGAUUACUAAUAAAAUUGCCAGAACUGAACUAUCAGGUGAAAGUGAAGGCAUCCAUUGACAAGAAUGUCUCAACUCUAAGCAAUAGAAGAUUUGUGCUCUGUGGAACUCACAUCAAAGCUAUGUCCAGUGAGGAAUCUUCCAAUGGGAGCCUCUCAGUGGAGUUUAGACAUUUGCAACCGAAGGAGAUGAAGUGCAGCACUGGGAGUAAAGGAAACGAGGGCUGCCACAUGGUGACAGAAGAGCUGCACUCCAUAACCUUUGAGACCCAGAUCUGCCUCUAUGGCCUCACCAUUAACCUAGAGACCAGCUCAUUACCUGUGGUGAUGAUUUCUAAUGUCAGCCAACUCCCUAAUGCAUGGGCGUCCAUCAUUUGGUACAAUGUGUCAACCAACGACUCCCAGAACUUGGUUUUCUUUAACAACCCUCCAUCUGUCACCUUGGGCCAACUCCUGGAAGUGAUGAGCUGGCAGUUUUCAUCCUACGUCGGCCGUGGCCUUAAUUCAGACCAGCUCAACAUGCUGGCAGAGAAGCUCACAGUUCAGUCUAACUACAGUGAUGGUCACCUCACCUGGGCCAAGUUCUGCAAGGAACAUUUGCCUGGCAAAACGUUUACCUUCUGGACCUGGCUUGAAGCAAUAUUGGACCUAAUUAAAAAACACAUUCUUCCCCUCUGGAUUGAUGGGUACAUCAUGGGCUUUGUUAGCAAAGAGAAGGAACGGCUUCUGCUCAAAGAUAAAAUGCCUGGGACAUUUUUGUUGCGAUUCAGUGAGAGUCAUCUUGGAGGGAUAACCUUCACCUGGGUGGACCAAUCUGAAAACGGAGAAGUGAGAUUCCACUCCGUGGAACCCUACAACAAAGCGCGGCUAUCAGCUCUGCCAUUCGCUGACAUUCUUCGAGACUACAAGGUUAUCAUGGCUGAAAACAUCCCCGAAAACCCUCUGAAGUUCCUCUACCCUGACAUUCCCAAAGACAAAGCCUUUGGCAAACACUACAGCUCCCAGCCGUGCGAAGUUUCAAGACCGACAGAACGGGGCGACAAGGGUUAUGUCCCCUCUGUUUUUAUACCCAUUUCAACAAUCCGAAGUGAUUCCACGGAGCCACAGUCUCCUUCAGACCUUCUCCCCAUGUCACCAAGUGCAUAUGCUGUGCUGAGAGAAAACCUGAGCCCAACAACGAUUGAGACUGCAUUCCAAAAGUUGGAAAUACAAGAGCAGGCAGCAGCAGGGGCAGUUUCUCCCUCUUCCGGGUUGCGGAAAGGCCUCAUCUUUUUUGUGUCAUCAUACAACCGAGAGGGGACUGGAAGCUCACUGAGGGUGACAAUCCCAUUCCGGAGAGUUCAUCCUCACGCUAGCCACGGUUACAACCUCUGUGACCAAAUCCCUGAGAACAGCAAGGAGGGAUCAGUCCAUCACUGUGGGGGACACAUGGAGGAGCAGCUCCAAGGGAAUGCAAGGACGAGGCUGUUUGCAUUGUGGCAGAGCAGAGUGAAGAAGAAGAAAGCAGGCCAAACGAAGUAG